CUAAACUCCUAAUCAUGUGUAAUGGUCAAUAGAAAUAUGCUAAUUCGUACAAUUAUGGCCAUGUGCAAUUGUGCACUAGAUGCGAUGGUUGGUAUCACUCACCCCAUUUUCUAUCAAUUUUUGAUUUUUUUUUUUUUUGAAAGGAUCAAUUUUUGAUUUUAUUAAAGCAAGUCACCUCACAAUAUUAUACAACUAUUAUCCAAACAAAAUUGAACCCAUUCCUUUCCUCAUUCUCUCUCAUAAACAACCUUAGCCUAAAAACCAAUGUCUUCAACCAAUAAUGCAGAAAAACAAGGCAAAGGUUGCUGUGGCAGCUGCGUUUCAUUAGCCAUAACCGCUAUAUUAAUCUGGCUUUUCCAAUUUAAAACCUCUACCCCCACUUUAUCCAUUGAGCAAUUUGACGCAUUUGCCCUCGAGGGAGUUACCAAUAAUACCACUCGUAACAACAACACUAUUCACUACGACUUGAAACUCAAAAACAAGGGUUCAAAUGUCAAUAAGGGAAUUUAUUACGAUACCCUCGAUCUUACCUUUUAUUACAAACCCAAUUUUAACGGCGUUUUGAUUGGAAAUGUCUCUUUUGCCCCUUUCUACCAAGGCCAUGGAAAGGCUACCCACCGUGUUGGGGAUAUUGUGCCUAGAGGGGUAAGAUGGGAAAAUCAUACCGUGCCCGCGGUGUUUAGGCUGGAGCUAGCGACCGCGGUGAGGUACAAGAGCAUGUUUUGGAAGACCAAAAGACAUCAUCUGGCAAUGGGAGUUGACUUGGAAGUCAAUGAGCAAGGUAGUCUAGUUAAGGGAAAGGACAAUAAGGGAAUUAAACUUAUUAGCUCUAAAGGUGAAAAGAAUAACAAGGGCCGUUUAGAAGUGGUGGGUCUUUUGAGUAUUUUGAUUUUCAUUCAUUCUUUGUAUUACUUGGAUAAUUUGCAUUUUUUAUUUUAGCUCUAGAGUAGUACACGUAUUUUGGGUAAUUUAAAUUUUUUCUUAUUCCUUCACAAGUCAAAUUUUUGUAUUAUACGCAUGCAUCAUGUAUGUUACUAUGUAUACGUAUGUGGCUACAGCAACUAGUAACGAGGGCUAUAGCAACUAAUUAUGUCAGUUACUAAAAGUCAUUUUCGCUAUACUUUAUUUUAUAAUAAAAUUCAGCUAUUGGUCAUCAA